GUGGGGAGCCUUUCAGAUGGAUUCGUACUCGGAGCCGAGCUGGCGCUCGCUAGUAGGGAUAGUGCAUGUUGUGUUCGACGUGUGUUGUAAUGGGAGGGCACCGGGGGUUCAGUCUCUGAUGAUCCAGGUGGCAAAGAAGGCGAGCGUGCUGAAGAGGCGGAAGUCGCGGAACCGGAUGGACGUGCAGCAGCAACAGCAGCAGCAGCAACAGUCGCUGCCGCCGGUCACGAUAUCCGGCGGUGUUUCCAGCGGAGCUAUUGGCGACGCCGGAGGCCAAAAUGACAAUCAGCGGAUGGAGAACGAGGGCGACGUUAUCUUCUACAUGGAGGAGCCGAAGGCUGGCACGCCUAACCGCGCCAGGCGCGACAACCGGGGAAGCCUCUUCACCUCGCAGACGAGCUCCGUCACGGAGGCGACCAGUGACGAAAUUGACAUUGAUAUCGAGGAGCCUCAGAGGGUCACCACAUUGACCGAAGCACAUCGAAACGCCAUAAGAGCGAUCAGGAAGAUCAAAUACUUCGUCGCGAGGAGGAAGUUCCAGCAAGCUCGUAAACCGUACGAUGUGCGCGAUGUCAUCGAGCAGUACAGCCAAGGUCACCUGAACAUGAUGGUGCGGAUCAAAGAGUUACAGAGGAGACUGGACCAGACCCUGGGAAAGCCGGGCAGCUAUCUGGCAGGAAUCGACCGGGCAGGUAACGUGAAGCAGAUGACGAUAGGCGCGCGCCUAUACAGGGUAGAGCAGCAGUUGUCCGUGAUGGACAAGAAAUUGGACCACCUGGGCUACGUGCUGAACGCGGUGGCACAAAAGCAACAAAUACCCCUGAGGAGUAUAGAGGACGACGUGUAACAGAAAGCCCCCGGCGUGCUCGUGCCAUCUGUUUCGCGAUCACCGGCAAUCCCGUGGACUUUACCCCGUGUUACCAUAACCAGCGUCGCUCCGAACAUGCUCAGCGAGAGCUUCUGAACCGCUCUCUUCCCCUCUUCUCUCUCUCUCUCUCUCUCUCUAUCUUUCUUUCUCGCUCUAUCUAUCUACAUCUAUCUUUUUCCCACACAGGAGCCCGAAAGCGCUUCUGUCGAAAAAUAUAAAAAUACAAUCCGAGGUCGGAGACUAAGAUCCUAUAAAAGGGAACUGGACAAUCCGGACGGCUCUAUCUCGGUCGUGAACGGACGCGCGGAAAGAAAGAAGCCUGCGAAUGGAGACGAAUGCCGGGAAACGCGGAGGAUCGCCGGAAGCUGGACACAGCGCGACGGAUUCUGGGUGUCGAGCGCGAAGAGAACAUGCGGAAUAGAAGCGUGCUGGAAAUAUGUGGCUGUCGGGGAGACGUGGUUGAAUGGGCGUGGAUCGGGCAAAGCUGCGUUCGAUGGUGAUCGAUUGUUUGUACGAUGCCGAGGUCUGCUUUCGAGACGAGAUUGCCGAUCAAAGAGAUUGGGACUGGAGAUCGUCCGCUGAUAGAAUUCGGGACCGCAGUGCGAGGAUCGAGUCGAGAUAUCGUUGUAAAUGAGAGCGGGUCGGCUGUGAUUUUAUAUAGAUCGAUUCGCGAGGAAUCGGUGGACAGCGGUGUUUGCGGAAUCGAUUUUACGGUGAGCUGGUGGAGAGGAGGCGAUGAAAGUAUCGAAAAGAGACACGGCGGUGUUGAACCGGCGGCAUACUAUUUUUACGUCUGGACAGGAGAAUGUGGAAGAUAUUAAUGGUCGCGCGUGCAAUAUUGAUAGAAAAUCGUUCUAUUUUUACUGGUGCGGAGGACGAAAAUAAGAUGCUGGUCGCCGCGAGUAAUUAUAAGGAUGGUGAAGAAAGGGAUUUGAGCCUGAUUUUUGACGAAGAGGAGAGCAAAGGGAACGGAUAAUGAGAAUUGGAAUUAAUGUGGUUUUAUUCGGCGCGGGAAGAAUGGAGACGGAGCUGAAAGAGAGGAAUGCGUUGCGAUAAAAUGCGCUUUCAUUCGAAUUUUUAACGAAGACGAAGACAAAGUAAAUGAUAGAGAUAACAUCGUUCCCGAUGAAUAUGGUUUUAUUCGUUUUCGCGGCAAGAAAGGAAAUGUUAAUAAGUGAGACGAUAUUUGGUUGAAUUACUGAUACGUAUCGGAAUUAAUACGAUACCAUUUUAAAUUCAAACAAAGAAGAAAAUUAAGUAUAGAAAGAUGGUAAUAAUUGGAAUAUGGUUUUAUUUGAUUAUGAGAAAGGAAAGAGAGAAUUAAACGAGAUGAUGUUUGAUUGAACUGGUGAUACUAGAAUUAAUACGAUUUGAUUAUAAUUCGUGACAAACGAGUUGAGAAAAAUAAACAACGAAGAAAUCGUCAUUUGUGAAUUAGAGUGUGAAUUAAUUUUUUUCAGUGAUAAGAAAAGGCGAUGCUAAUUAUGCUAGUGAUACUUAUUGGAAUUAAUACAAUUUUAUGUUCAUUUCUGACAAUGACACAGAGGAAAAUGAAUAAGAAAGACAAAAAGAAAAAUUAAUAACAAAGACGAUGUUAAUUAAGCUAGUGAUAAUUAUUGGAAUUAAUACAAUUUUAUGUUCAUUUCUGACAAUGACACAGAGGAAAAUGAAUAAGAAAGACAAAAAGAAAAAUUAAUAACAAAGACGAUGUUAAUUAAGCUAGUGAUAAUUAUUGGAAUUAAUACAAUUUUAUGUUCAUUUCUGACAAUGACACAGAGGAAAAUGAAUAAGAAAGACAAAAAGAAAAAUUAAUAACAAAGACGAUGUUAAUUAAGCUAGUGAUAAUUAUUGGAAUUAAUACAAUUUUAUGUUCAUUUCUGACAAUGACACAGAGGAAAAUGAAUAAGAAAGACAAAAAGAAAAAUUAAUAACAAAGACGAUGUUAAUUAAGCUAGUGAUAAUUAUUGGAAUUAAUACAAUUUUAUGUUCAUUUCUGACAAUGACACAGAGGAAAAUGAAUAAGAAAGACAAAACGAAAAAUUAAUAACAAAGACGAUGUUAAUUAAACUAGUGAUAAUUAUUGGAAUUAAUACAAUUUUAUGUUCAUUUCUGACAAUGACACAGAGGAAAAUGAAUAAGAAAGACAAAACGAAAAAUUAAUAACAAAGACGAUGUUAAUUAAACUAGUGAUAAUUAUUGGAAUUAAUACAAUUUUAUGUUCAUUUCUGACAAUGACACAGAGGAAAAUGAAUAAGAAAGACAAAACGAAAAAUUAAUAACAAACACGAUGUUAAUUAAACUCGUGAUAAUUAUUGGAAUUAAUACAAUUUGAUUUUCAUUUGUAACAAUUAGACUAUAGAUACUCUACAGAAUUAACAUGAUUUGAUUUUCAUUUCCAAUAAAGCGAAUAACAACGUUAAAUAAAAACCAGUGUUAUUCGAUGGAACAAAUACGCUGUCCAAUUUUCGUGAAAAAAAGAAAAUAAAAGUGAGCACCGAAAAGCUAAUAUCGUUUAUUGUUUUCCGUGAUGCGGAAGCAAACAUAACUGGCAGAAUCGAUCGAGAUUCUCGGGCUUAAUAAUAUCUGAAUUCGCGCUUCGAAAGAAAAAUCGCAAGGCACAGUUCCUCGGAGAAUCCCCGCACCGUGGACCAAAACAAAACAAAAUGGCUGUCUGGAAGAACGCGAGCUAUCCACAUUCCCAGAACUUUGCUUUUACAGUUUCAUCAAAACCUCGGAGUUAUAUACCGGAAGAAUGCUAAGAGCGCGGAAGGGCUCGAAACUCCGAAUCAAAUAAGAACGCUGCGAUCGGGGAUUAAUUGAAUGGAUUCUAGAGGAAAGAAUUCGAACCACUGGCGAUCAGACACGAAUUAGUAUCGAUGGAAAAAAGAACUUCUUGAACCGCGUAAUAACUCAUAGUGGUGAUAAGGGAAGCUAUUUCAUGAAAAUAUAAAAAAAAAAUAUAGAAGCAGAGCAUCAUUGAUGUAAAAAAAAGAGAAACGAAAAUCUUCGUCGUGAUUGAAGAAUUGUAUUCGUGGUGCAAUAUUGAUGAAAAGUAAAAUUAAAGUAGCGGGUAAAGGAUGCAUUGGUUAACGAGGAAUUUGUAUGUAUCUGUUUCAAUGAGAAAUAUUAACACAACUUGUUUUACUUUCAUUAUAAAUUGACAUAAAAAAAGAUGAUUAAAAGAAAAUUAAUAGCAAAGGAAACAAUAAAAAUGGAACAUUGGUUAAACAGAGUGCUCGUGAAAGUUGAAAAAUAAAGUUGCAAAGAUAGAUGAAGAAAGCAAUGAUGAAAAAUGACAUCAAAGUGUUGGCCAAAGAAAGCAUCGAUGAAUGAAGUCAAAUGAAGUCAAAAUAGUGAAUAAACAAAACUUUGGUGAACAAAGAAUUCAUAUGGACCAGUUUCAAAUAAAAAGAUGGACACAUUUCAGCCAUAAUAAAUCAAAGCAAUAAAUGAAAAAUCGAAUCGGAGCAGUGAUUGAAAGAAGCAUCGAUAAAAAAAUGAAAAAUAAAAUUGUAAGGAUGGAUGAAGAAAGCAUUGACGAAAAAUAAAAUCAAGGUCGUAACCCAAGAAAACGUUGAUGACAAAUAAAGUCAGAAUAGUGAAUAAUGGAAACUUUAGUAAACAAAGAACUUAUAUGAUCCAGUUUCAAAUAAAAGAUCAACACAAUUCUUUAUUACACUCAGAAUAAAUCGAAGCAAUGAAUAAAAAAUCGAAUCGAAACGGUGAUUGAAAGUAUCUUCGAUAAAAAAUAAAAAAUAAAAUUGUAAAGAUGGAUGAAAAAGUGUUUGAUGAAAAAUAACAUCGAUAUGAUGAAUAAAGAAAGCACUGGCAAAGAAAAGAAUUCAGUGGACAAGUUGCAUAAGUUAUUUUAUUUAAAUGUUAAAAAAGUCAACUCAAUCUCUUCUUUGUCCCACAAUAAAUCGAAGUAAUAACUAAAAGCAACAUUCGUAAAAAGAAAUAACAAAUAGAGUCGAAACAGUGACGAAAAAUAGCGUUGACGAAAAGUAAAAUGUAAAACUGUUAAAUCAGAUCAAGAAAGAUCUAUUGAUAUACAAUAAUAUAGAACACAAGUGGUAGAUAAAGAUUAAUGAAAAACAAAAUCAAUCUCGUGGAGAAAGAAUGCAUUAACAAGUAAGGAAUUUGAAUGGACCAAUUUCAAUUAACAACAAUCAGCCCGACCCUUUUUUAUCAUUGCAAUAAAUUGAAGCAAUAAAUGAAACGAUCUGUAAUAAACAAAAUAAACAACAGAAUCGAGACAGUGAUUGCAAGCAGCAUCAAUGAAAAAUGAAAAAUAUAAUUGUAAAGAUAAGCGAAGGAAGCAUUGACACACGAUAAAAUCAAAGUGAUGGAUAAAAAAUUGGAACGAAGCAGUUCCAAAGUAGUUUCGUUCAAAGUAGCGGACGAAAGAAGCGUUAACAAAAAAUAAGAAAGAGAAUCACAGCAUUGUCGUAAAAUAGAAUGGAAGUGGUGAAUAAAUUAAGUAUAGUGUUUGAACCAUUACAGAUAGAAAUGGACCAGUUUCGAUUUAAGAAAAUCAUCGCGACCCUUUUCUAAUUCCAUCAAUAAUAAAACAAGUAUUGUUAAAAAAAAAGAAGAAAAUAUAAACAGCGACUAAAAGAAGCAUUUAUCGAAUAUAAAAACUAAAAUUAACGUGGUGGAUGAAGAAAGCAUUGAUGAAAAAUUGUACGAUCGAAGCGGUGAACAAAGAAUUUUCAUGGACCAGUUUCAAUUUAAGAAAAUGAACGCGACCCUUUUCUAGCCCCUUAUGAAAUCGAAGCAGCAAAUAAAAGAUGGGAAAGAAACAAAAAAGAAUAAAAUUAACAUUGAUAAUAUUGAAUUGAAAUUGUGGAUAAAGAAAGCAUUGGUUAACAAAGAACUUUAAUAGACCAGUUUUCAUUAAAAAAUUCAACGCUACCCUUUCCGGCCCUGCAAGAAAUCGAAGCGGUGAAUAAAACAGGCAUUGACAGCAAGGGGAAAAUAAAACGUGCUGGAGAAAGACUGAUGAAAAAUACAGUCGGAGUAGUUGAUUAAGAAAGCAUUGCUGAAAAAUUGUACAAUCAAAGUGGUGAACAAGCAAUUUCAAUGGACCAGUUUUAAUUUUUUAAAAAUCAACGUUACCGUUCUUACUCCUCCAAAAGAUCGAAGCAAUCGACAAUAGAAGCACUGACAAAAAGCGACAAAAUAGACUCGAAACAAUGAUUACAAGGAGCGCGGACAGAGAAUAGAAGCUGAAAUUUACAUGGCGGAUAGAGACAGUGUCGACAAAGAAUUGUACGAAAUGGCGAACAAAGAACACGAACGGACCAGUUACAAUUUCAGAAAACCAACUCGACUCUUUUCAGUCCCGCAAGAGAUCGAAGCAGUGACCUAAAGUAGUGCCGUCACAGAAUAAAAAGAAACAUCGACGUGUAUAGGUAUUGAUACCUAAAAAAAUCGACAGGUAGCUGAAACUUCGAUAAUAUCUGAACCAUUAACGAGAAACGAGAACGCUGAAGCUCUGACCCUUCGACCACAACGGCCACCUCGAAGACCAUGGAAUCGAGAAGAUCAGCCAGAAUCGGUGGAUACUUCCGUGGAGACGGUGAUCCUCGGAAACGAUUCACAGAAACGAUCACGCUAAACGCACAGGAACGAUUCUUGUAUUGUUAUGUUCGAGUGGAGGCGGCAUUCGAGGAGAGCAGUGGAUUCUCUGCGCGAUGGAAUAAAUGAGAAGCAAAAACGAUUGUCCUCGGAGAUUCGAAGGAUUCGGAACCGAAGACGACUCGAGAGUCACGGUAGCCAGAAAAAUAAGCUAGAUUUUGAGUGGAAAGAGUGGGGGUGGGUCGCGUGACGCGGCAGCCGUCGUUGAACCGCGCUGUGCAGCGGAGUGGGGAUAGGUCAUGCGACGCGGCGGCCGUCAUUGAACCGCGCUGUCCAGCGGAGUGGGGGUAGAUCGCGUGACGCGGCGAUCGUAGUUGAUCCGCGCUGUGCAGCGGAAUGGGGGUAGGUCGUGUGACGCGGCGGCCGUCAUUGAACUGCGCUGUGCAGCAUAGUGGGGAUAAGUCAUACGACGCGGCGGCCGUCGUUGGUCCGCGCUGUGCAGCAGAGUGGGGGUAGGUCACAUGUCGCCACAUUGCGUUACUUACAUGAGCGUUCGGAAUAAAGAUCAUAACGUUUCAAAGAGAAUACAAAGAUGCAUUGAUCCGCAUAAGAAGAUUCAAUGAUUUCAUAAACAAAAUUCUAGUCGCCUCUGUUUUUUAUGGAAACAUUAAUGCAAAUUUUCUAUAACGUAAUUUAUUGUUAGCUGAAUACCGAGUAACUUUGUAUAAAUUGAAAAGUUCUCUUUUAUUCCUUUCAUUUCCACAUCAUGUAAAAAUGAAAACGUUGAUAAAAAAAGACCCGUCGCAUUAUCUACGCCCCUGCUUCGAUUCGAAAUCUAGCGUGGUUUUCUGGCUACCAUGCUCGAGAGAGUCGUGUUGGCGUGUUAUGGCAGCGGAAGGCUGUGGCAGCGACGGAGGAUCGUACGCAAACGUAUUGGGAACAUCUAUAUCGGGCCAACUAGGAAUAAUAGAGGAACAAUAAGCGACUAAAGAGAAACUUCCUAGAAUCAGAUAUAACUAUCUCUAACUAGGCUUAUCUAUAAUACGUAUACAGAGAGGAUUAAUUGCAUAAAAGAUUAUUAUUAUUAUAUAUAUACAUACGUAUACAUACUCUAUUGUACCGUAUUAUUGAAUUCUAUUCGUUUCUAGUCUCUGCUGGUAAUGACGUUCAAUUAAUAAGCCUUAAAUUAAUCACAGACUUUAAGAUUUAGCGAGGUACGCUGUACAAAAAAAAAGAAAAACCGGUGUCGAGUUACUUCAUUGACUCUUGUAUAGAUACCUACUCGUACUUGGUCGAUUUUUUCAAUUUAUUAGCACAAACGCGGAAUUUGCCGAUUAACUAUGCUUAAAUAAGAUCGUCCUCGUACCGUGUCCUCGAAACGAACGCUUUUCUGCCCUUGCGCGAGCGACUCGAUUGUUAUUAAUAACACAAUUGGUCGUUGUAUUUCGUUCGCAAUUUUUGGCAUUGUUUAACAGCGACUCUGAAUCGGCAAUAUUGAUUAAUGUUACAAUGCAGAGCGAGGUGCUUAAGAUUGGAUUGUUUUCGAAAUUCUUGAUUGCUUCAAAAACAUUUUUCGGAUGAAAGUUGAAUGAUAGUUGAACAAAGGCGUCGUUCCGUGUAAUUAUCGAGCGAACAUUUAUGUGUCAAGAUUAUUUAUUUAAUGAGGCUAUAGGUAUUCUAUUCUAUUGAUUGACAGAGAUUGCAAUGAUGUGUAGAAAUGUAUUAAUAGGUUUUUAUGAGAAAAUUGUUAAGAGAGUAAUUAGUAGACAAUUAUUUAUCAUGGUUAUGGGAGAAAAUUAAUAGGCGAGUAAUUAGUAGACAAUUAGUUGUUAUGGUUAUGUGAGAAAAUUGUUAGGAGAAUAAUUAGGAGGCAAUUAGCUGACAUGAUUAUGUGGAAAACUUAUUAGAUGAGUAAUUACUAAUUACUAAUUACCAAUUUUUAAUUAAUUAGUUUAAGAGACACUUAAACUAUACUCAGUGACAUAACUGGCACGACUAGACAACUUUGAAUAUUUCAGUAAUUAUUAGGCGGUUUUCAUAGAUCUAAAAAUGAACUUUAAAUUUUAAGUCUAGCAUUUAUAUUUAUUAAAGUAAUUAAUUUUGGAAAAUCGUCGGAUCUCUAAUUUUGAAAAUUUUUUGUGUUUGUCUUGAUACUAUUUUAAACAUCUAAAUAUGUUCAAAAAUUGGAGCUACUUGUUACAUUUCUUUGAGAUAUGGCAUGUUACAAAAAUACGUCACUGACAAAUUCGUAAUUCUUCAGGAAAAGAUGCUAAGCUGGUCAUGCAUAAGUUUUUGUGAUAUUUCAAUUCAAAUAUAUAAUAAUCGACGAUUAAAUUAAAACAAUUUCUGAACUCGUGGUUUUCAACUACUUUAAUGUCUUUCUGCAGAGAAUGAAAAACUGCAGCAUGCAAUGCAUUAAAAAGUAUAAAAUCUAAUUAGAAGUUAAACAAAUUCGACGUUCGAAUAUUCUCUACGCCUCCAGUUACCAACUAAUUACAUCGAUAGAAAUGGGCCUUAAAACUGUUCGACUUUCGUCUGAAUAAAUUUUCAGUACAAUCAAUAAUUUUGCAAACAAAUUUUAUUUUUCUCACUCGUUAUAUUACACAUCAAAGUCAAAAAAUAGCGAAUUGCUUUCAAAAUCGUCAAUUGCAAUUGAUGCAAAAUGCAAAAGUCAUCCUCCCGUUAUUGCAUUAGUUAACAACAUAUCGAUUUAAAUGUAUUAUCACAAAUUAAGUAAAAUUAGUUUGGUUAAUAGUUGAGGUUAAUUAACCACUUAAUUAGGCUCAAAUGCAAUCAACUUUAUAUUAAAACCGCAUAAUGAACCUAGCAUAAUUGAACAGUUCAUACUCCAUCUUACAAUGCUAAACAGUUGUUUACAAACAGAAAUAGUUAAUUUUCAACCAACUCAUCAUUUACACAGAGUAAAUAAAAUAAUUAUUGUGUUAGAAAUUAUCCACGACAAAAACGACUGGUACAUGCAAGUGCAAGCUUGUUCUAUUAUUUAACAAUUCCAAAUUGCAAUUAUAGUUAUAAAUAACCAUAUAAACAAGCUGACAGCUACGAUACGUGCAGUCUUAUACUUCAAUUUUUAUUUUAGAAACGCAUUUUUAUUUAAUGUCUAUUCUUUGUAAUUGAUUUAGCAAAUUCUAAUUCGACAUAAAUUUUUAUUUCACAUAAAUUUUUAUUUUAUUCAGGACAUUUCGAUUUUGCAUAAAUAUCUGCAGUAUAGUAAUUUAUUCUCAGAGAUAAUUAACGUAAUAUACAUUGACGUAACUGGCACAAGUGGACAAUUUUGAAUAUUUUAGUAAUUUUAUUUUUGAAACGCCUGGAAAUGAAAUUUUGGAAGUCUGAAGCGUUUCUGUAAUAUUUCUCGAGAAACCUAAGCGGUUGUUACAAAAAGUCGAAGGUUGCUCGCGCAAGGGUCGGGCUCGCAUAAUCCCUUCUCACUUCGGACGCUUCAUAUUGGCUGCAAAAGGACCUCUCCAAUCGAAUCCAAAGAAGCUGGACACGCAUCCGCCGACUUUUUCCACGCGAGCGAUCAGGUUUUGUCCUUCAGCGUAGACCAUUUUGAAUUUCGUUCGUGGAACAGCGGGAAAAGCAAUGUUAUAUUAAACGCAGAAGUUCGUUUAGUGCCUUUUCAUUGAAGCAAUUACAGAACUGUUUUAACUGUCACAUGUUAAACAUAUGUGUGUAUGUUACAUAGUAUAAUAUGCAAUCAGCCAAAAAAAGCUACGUGGAUUCUUUGAAACGAAGUAACAUUUUUCAAAUAAACAACUCCAAGUCUU